AUGCUUUCAUCUACCUUGAGACACAAUGCCAAGCUUGCCGGCCGUAAAGGUGUCGCUGCCUCUAUUGGUGCCGUUAGAACCAAGGUUUCCUUGCCAGAUUUGGACUGGGACUUUGGUGCUUUGGAACCCCAUAUUUCCGGUCAGAUUAACGAACUUCACUACACAAAGCACCACCAAACUUAUGUCAAUGGUUACAACCAAGCUGUGGAACAAUUUGCCGAGGCCAAGUCCAAAGGUGAAGUCAAGAAGACAAUCGAAUUGCAAAAGAACAUCAAUUUCCACGGAGGUGGUUACACCAACCAUUGUCUCUUCUGGAAGAAUUUGGCUCCAGAAAAGCAAGGAGGAGGUGAGCCACCAGCAAGCGACUCGGAAUUGGCCCAGAAGAUCACCGAACAAUACGGUUCUUUGGACAACUUGAAGUCUCUUACUAAUGCCAAAUUGGCUGGUAUCCAAGGUUCGGGAUGGGCCUUUAUUGUCAAGAACAAGGAGAAUGGCGGUGAGUUGGAUGUGGUCACCACCUACAACCAGGAUACCGUUACAGGUCCAUUGGUUCCAUUGGUGGCCAUUGAUGCUUGGGAACAUGCUUACUACUUGCAAUACCAAAACGUCAAGGCUGAUUAUUUCAAGGCUAUCUGGAACGUCAUCAACUGGAAGGAAGCUGCCAAGAGAUACACUGUCAACUAA